AAUUGUCUUUCUAUUUCUAAAUUUUUGUUAAUGUUUGAAAGUGUCAAAAUUUCUGUAUCAGGUUGUUCUAUAGAGGAAUUCGACUCCAUGAUCAAUCACUAGCAUGGAUUUGAUUACAAAAAUCAAGCAAAAACCUUCACAAAAAGAAAACCCUAGGAAAACCUAAACAAACCCUCCCCAGGAACAAGAAAAUUAAUAUAUCCCUUCGCAUCAUUUCUCUUCUUUUCCUUUAUUAAUAUAUUGAACCAAACAAAAGCUAAGCAAAAAAAAAAAAAAAAAAAAAAAAAACUCACUGACCUUAUUUUACAAAUCCACCCAUUAGACAAAACAAACCCUUAAAAAUUCUUUCACAGGCUAAAACCUCAGCUCACUUCCAUUCUUCCACUAAAACCCUGCCUUCAUUUCUCUUCCUCCCUUUCUCCCAACUCCCUUCUCCCACCACCACUUCCAUCACCUGCUUCCCUCUUUUCCCCUCAAUCAAACCCUACCAAAAACCUCAAUCUAAACUUCACAAUAUGAAUCAAACUUCCGAGUCGGCGUCGGAGACGGUGGCGGGAGUGCGUUUCGGUGUUAUGACAGAUGAAGAGAUACGGAAGCUUAGCGUAGUCAAAAUUACGAACCGUAAUAUAUUGAAUUUGGUUGGUCGGCCCGAGCCGGGUGGUCUGUGUGAUCCUGCUUUAGGUCCAUCGGAUGAUCAUAGUCUCUGCAAAACUUGUGGUCAUCGUGCCUUCUAUUGCCCAGGACAUUGUGGUCAUAUAGAUUUCGUGUCAUUGGUUUAUCACCCUUUAUUGUUCGAUAUGCUCUACAGAAUACUGCAGAAUACCUGUUUGGCUUGCUACCAUUUUAAGGCACCUCCAGAGGAGGUUGAGAUGUGCGUCUGUAAAUUGAACCUUAUAACAAACGGUGAUAUUGUUGGGGCCAGAGAGCUAGAUAAUUCAAAUGGGUAUCCUAAUGACAGCUAUAAAAGCCUUGGUGGGAUUUUUGAGGGCCUUAAGCAUCGUAGCUUGACCUCUUUUCAGCUUACCGAAGCACUUUCAGUCUUGAAAAGUUUAUUGAAGAAACGAAGUCCCAAAUGUAAUCGUUGUGGUGCCAAGAAUCCUCCCAUUACUAAGCCUACGUUUGGUUGGUUUCACAUGGGUGGCUUAAAUGAUAGCAACAUAAAAGCAAAUAUCAUCAAAGGGCAUAGGUUGGAUGGACCUUUGGCUGAAGGAGAUGAUGAUAAUGCUUUGUCUGAGGUAGAAAAUGCUGAGGAUCAUGAUGAUGGAAAAUUAGCAUCGCUUAAACAAAGGAAAAAAAAAGAUGACCUGCAGCUAGAAUUUAUGAAGUGGAAAAAGUCACGAUCUCUUUUACCAACAGAAGUUAGAGGAAUAUUAGAGCGUCUAUGGGAAAAUGAGGCUCGAUUUUGCUCGUUUGUUUGUGAUAUUCAGCAACAUCAAGGAUUUACGUCUGAGAAGAAAGCUGCUUUUAUGAUGUUUUUCUUAAAAACUCUACUAGUACCUCCAUUGAAGUUUCGUCCGCCCUCUAAGGGAGGGGAAUUAGUCAUGGAGCAUCCUCGGACAGUUUUAUUGAGCAAGAUUUUGGAGUCUAAUAUAUCCUUGGCAAAUGCUUAUGAGCAGCAUGCUGAACAUAACUUUAUUCUUAGUAGGUGGAUGAAUCUUCAACAAUCUGUAAAUGUUCUUUUCAAUAGCAAGAGUGCAGCAGGUCCUGGACAAAGAGAAUUGGCUUCUGGGAUAUGUCAAUCUCUGGAAAAAAAGGAGGGUUUGUUCCGGCAGAAGAUGAUGGGGAAACGAGUUAAUUUUGCUUGUCGUUCUGUUAUAUCACCUGAUCCAUAUCUAGCAGUAAAUGAGAUUGGCAUUCCCCCGGUUUUUGCAUUGAAGUUGACCUACCCUGAGAGAGUGACUCCAUGGAAUGUCACAAGCUUAAGAGAAGCAAUUGUUAAUGGACCUGAUAUUCAUCCUGGGGCCACACACUAUGUUGAUAAAAUAACAUCAAAACUACCACCUAUCAGGAAAUCUCGUAUUGCUUUUGCAAGAAAAUUACCUUCUUCAAGAGGAGUCACAACCCAACCUGGGAAGUCUUUCAGUAAUGAUUACGAAGGGAAGGUUGUACACCGUCACUUGCGCAAUGGGGACGUAGUUCUGGUGAAUCGACAGCCGACGCUUCAUAAACCAAGUAUAAUUGCACUUAAGGUCCGAGUCCUGCCUGGAGAGAAGACUAUUCGUUUUCAUUAUGCAAACUGCGACUCUUUCAAUGCUGAUUUUGACGGUGAUGAAAUAAACGUUCACUUUCCACAAGAUGAGAUAUCUCGGGCUGAAGCUUACAACAUUGUCAAUGCUGAUAACCAAUAUAUAGUUCCUACUCGUGGUGAUCCUAAAAGAGCCUUAAUUCAGGAUCACAUUGUAGGUGCUGUACUUCUCACAAAGAGAGAUACUUUUCUUACCUUACAAGAAUUUAAUGAGCUUCUAUAUAUGUCCGGUGUGUGUUCUUCUGGCGCAUCAUCCCUGAAUGCCAAAUCUGAAAAGAAAAUAUCUGUAGUAGAUGCAGAAAACGUCAUACAGGUUCAUCCACCCGCUAUAAUUAAACCACAGAUGCUUUGGACAGGGAAGCAGGUUAUAACUGCCAUCUUGAAUCACGUAACGAGAGGUUCUUUACCAUUUACUGCAAAAAAGCGUGCUAAAAUUGCUCGAGAAUAUUUUGGGAGGGAUGAAUCCAAAAGGAAGAAUGAUGAAAAUCUUAAGACAGCUGAAGAGGGUUCUCAAAAGAAAAAGAAGAAAAGUCGGAGUUCUAAGAAGAUGAUUGCUGGAGAUUCGGCAAUAAGCAUUCAAAGGGACCCCAGCCACAGCAUCGAUGAAGAUGUUGUGUUUGUUUACAAAAAUGAGCUGGUUCAAGGGGUAAUUGACAAGGAACAGUUUGGGAAGUUUGGUUUAGUUCAUACUGUGCAGGAGAUGUACGGGUCUGAUGCUGCAGGAACCUUGCUUUCUGUAUUGAGUCGUGUUUUGACAGCUUUCCUGCAGUUGCAUGGUUUUACCUGUGGAGUUGAUGAUAUUCUCCUACUACAACCUUAUGACAUCCUGAGGAAAAAAUUGCUUGAUAUUUGCCAUAAUUGUGGCGAGGAGGUUCACCAGCAAUUUAUUGGCCGCGAGGAAGAAGGUUUAGAAUUUUCAGAGAUGCAAAUCGAAAUUGAAAAAGCAGUUCGGCGUAAUGGAGAAUCUGCAAUAGCGCUUCUUGAUGGGUUGAUGAGAAGUAAGCUUAAUACACUGAGCUCUGCGGUCACUAAGCUAUUCCCUGAAGGACUAAUUAAGCCUUUUCGGAAGAACUGUCUUUCUCUCAUGACACUCUCUGGAGCUAAAGGUGGCACUUUCAACUUCCAACAAAUCUCUCUUUUGUUGGGUCAACAAGAGUUGGAAGGGAAACGUGUGCCUCGAAUGGUUUCUGGAAAGACGCUACCUUGCUUUGUCCCUUGGGACUGUUCAGCUCGAGCUGGAGGAUUUAUCAGUGAUCGUUAUCUUACUGGCCUUCGCCCCCAAGAAUUUUAUUUCCACUGCAUGGCUGGUCGUGAAGGGUUAGUGGAUACUGCCGUCAAAACGUCUCGCAGCGGAUACCUUCAAAGGUGCUUGAUUAAAAAUCUUGAGUGCCUCAGCGUUCAAUACGACUACACAGUUCGUGAUGCAGAUGGUUCUGUAAUUCAGUUCCGCUAUGGAGAAGAUGGAAUCGAUGUUCACAAGAAGAACUAUAUGCAUGAAUAUGAGGCAUUAGCAUUGAAUCAAUCACUGAUUGUUAGCACAAAUCCUUUAAGUCAAAUCGAUGAUGGAUCCUUAUCCAAGUACAUUGAUGAAGAUAAUGAAGUACCAAAUCAACUUGCCAAGGAAGCCAAAGAAUUCUAUAAAGGUCACCCAAAGGACUGUUUGAACUUUCUAAAAUUGGUUAAGAACAAAUAUUACAUGAGUCUUGCACAACCUGGGGAGCCUGUUGGAAUAAUUGCAGCUCAGUCAGUUGGAGAACCAUCUACACAGAUGACAUUGAAUACAUUCCAUCAUGCCGGUCGAGGUGAAAUGAAUGUGACACUAGGAAUUCCACGUCUGCAGGAGAUAUUAAUGACUGCAUCAAAAUCUAUUAGGACUCCAACUAUGACAUGUCCUUUGCUAAAGUGCAAAGCUAAGGAUGAUGCAGAGCAACUUGCUGCUAUGUUGAAGAGGAUCACAGUUGCUGACUUGAUAGAAAACAUGGAAGUUAGUGUUGUGCCAUUUGCAAUUGAGAAACAUGAAAUCUGCAGUAUAUAUAAGCUUAAAAUAAAGCUCUAUGAUCCUGUACUUUAUCCUCCUCACACUGAUAUAACAUUAAAAGACUGUCACAGUACCCUGCUAGACGAGUAUAUGAGUGAGAUGGAAGCUGCUAUAAAAAGUCAUUUGCUUUUGCUUUCUAGAAUAUGUGGUAUCAAAUCUGAAUCCCAGCCAAAAGGUUCAGCAGACAUGGAUGAAGAUGGUUUUGGGAGCCAGUCACAGACAGUAGAAGAAGAAGAUGAUGAUGAUGAUGAAGAUGAUGAUGACAAUGAUUGCAAUGAAGCAGGGGGAGAUCAUUCGUCAAAAGUACGAAAAAGGAAACAGCAAGAUGAGAUUGAGUAUGAGGAUGACUCAGAAGAAGUUGAGGAGGGAAAUCCUGUAGCUGAUCGUGAGAAUGGAGAUGAAGAUGGUGAUCUGGAUGAAGAUGGAGAAGUAUCUGAGGACAAUGAUGUACUGAAAACCUCUUCUGGUCCUGAUUCUGAUGAACAAAAGGACAAACCAGAAGCUUAUCAAAGAAAAAAAUCAGAUAAUGACAAAGCAAUAUAUGUUGACUGUGAUGGACUAAUUUUUGAAGUCCAUUUUAAGUUGUCAAAUGAACCACACAUAUUGCUGGCGCAGAUUGCGGAGAAGGUAGCUAAGAAAGUUUAUGUUAAGACUGCUGGCAAGAUUGAGCAAUGUAAAGUAGUGGAGCUUCAUUUGGACGACUCUGGGAUGGGAGGAAUCCCAAUGCUUAGAAAAGGUAAAGAAUCUCGUCCUGCUCUUCAGACUGCUGGUGUGGAUUUUGCCGCUUUUUGGGAUAUGCAAGAUGAGCUGGAUGUCAAGCUCAUUAGUUCCAAUGACAUUUAUGCAAUGCUUAGUACUUAUGGGGUUGAAGCUGCCAGAGCGACCAUUAUAACAGAGAUCUUCACAGUUUUUGGUCACUAUGGAGUCACAGUAGACAUGAGACACUUAACCUUAAUUGCGGAUUACAUGACACAUACGGGCGCGUAUAGGCCAUUGAGCAGAAGUGGGGGUAUAAUUGAUUCGAUAUCUCCGUUUAGCAAAAUGUCGUAUGAAACUGCUUCCAAGUUCCUAACUGAUGCAGCAGCCCAUGGUGAAGUUGAUACCUUGGAGACUCCUUCGGCUAGGAUUUGUGUGGGCUUGCCUGCUAAAGUUGGUACAGGAUGUUUUGACUUGAUGCAUGAUUUGGAUGUGUAGUAUGUCACAAUUGAUGGCGUACAGAUUCCCAAUUUUGAGUCCUCACCUUAGAUGCAAUUCAGUUUAUGUGAUAAUUAUGCAUGUAAAACUGAUGUAAUCUUUGGUUACGUAUCCAAUUUAUGUAUUUUAUUUUUGAUUUUUUGAUUUUUUUGUUUAUGCAAGUAUAAUUAAAUUUAA